AUGUUAUUUCGUUGGCAGAGUAUGAACGGCGACGAAGAUUUGAGCGGCUCGUCCUCGAAGGACAAAGGAGCUAGCUAUGGAAGGUACGCGGCGAAGAAGACCGUGGCCCAAGGGAUGAUGGACCUAGCUCUCAUCACAGCCAACGCCAACCAGCUCCGCUACGUCAUCCAGUACCAGAGUGCGUCACCAACGUACUAUUUCGUGUUUACCCUAAUCAUUGCUGUCGGAAUUUGCUUAAUAUUUAAAGGAAGAUUCGAUCUGAAAGGAGAUGAAAAGAGGAUACAAGCCAAUGCUAUAAAUAAUUAUGUUAUUGUUGGAGUCUUCUUGGUGACCAUCAUUAACGUAUUCAUCGCAGCCUUCAGUAUAGGGCCAGAAGCGAUUCCACCUUCGACCACGACGUAGCUUCUAUAAUUUUAGAUCUACAUUUUACAUAACUAUAUUCAUCUUGAUCUUAUAAGUGCUGUGAUAAAGAGUGUGAUUUUCUGUAGUUGCUACAGCUUUGAUCUGAAGGGCACUAUAAGUGCUUUUAGUUUAGAUUUCAGUGCAAUAAUAAGUUGUGAAGAAGUAAAAUGGAAGCUUUUGUAAGAACUUUCAACUGACAUUGAAAACUUCAAUAAGAGAACAUGUUUUAAUAGAAAUAUAAUAAAAUAGAAAAAAAAAUAAUGAUCGCUAGCUGAGAUAUUGCUAUAUAAGACAUUUCAUAUAAUUCUGUUGGUUGUUACAAAAAAAAAAAUUAAAUUUGUACCUAAAAAAUUAACAGAACUUACAAUUAUAAUAAUUUCAACAUUAUGAGACAGCUACACAGUAGAGAUGUACGUUUUUGUAACUUUAAGAAAAAUUAAGAGUUUAAUUGUUAAGAAAAAACAGCUGUUUCAAAAUUUUAAAGAAUCAGAGUCCAAUGCCAAACGUAUCUCUAUAUUAUUAAGGUUCUUUUAUGUAUUUAACAUGAUUUGUUUAUUUCCAAAGUGAACUCUAAUAAAUUUUUGUAUAAAUUGAGAUAAGUAUCAAAUCCCAUUUAAAAACAACCAAUCAAUCUGAUGGUGCAAUUUAUUUAUUCUUUUCAGAAACAAACAAUGAUUAGAAAAAGUGGUGAGAAAAUAAGUUUAUUUUCAAAAAGGAAUCUAAUGAAACUUGAAAUACAUUAUUUCUUAAGCAUUCUUUAAAAAUAAAAUCAUCAAAGGUUUUUUUUUUUUAAAGCAUUUUAUUCAAAUGAAAAUUAGAAAUAAAUUUAUUUUAUUGUACCAGUAUUGUAAUUUUUUAGUGUUCAUUUUUUACAUACAUUUAUUGUACAUUGCACACCUCCGAAAAACAGCUGUUUUAUAACAUCUGAGUUAAAUGCCAAAGGUAUUUUUUAUAUUGAUUAGGUUAUUUUAUGUAUUUAAUGUAAUAAUUUUAUUUAUAUGUAUUACCUAGUUUUAAGCUGCUUUUUUUUCAUCUUCUUUUUUUUUUUUUUUUCAAAUUUUGUGGAAGCUCUUUAAUAAUGAUCUGAAAUGAAAAAAAAUAAUGAUCUGAAAUGAAAAAAAAUAAUGAUCUGAAAUGAAGCUAUAUAAUAAUGAUCACACAUUGAAACCAUUUUCAAUGUUAUAAAAUGAUGAAUUUGUUAUAUUUCAAAUCUCUUCAUGUUUGUUUCACUGUAAUCAUAAGUAUAGUUAUUUAAGAACACCAAAUAUAUAAAUGUACACAUCCAUAUAAUGUAAUAAAUUAUAAUUAUACGUUAAUAUUACUUUUGAUUGUGAUUAAUUGUAGUUGAACAUAAUAUGUCACAUAUACUUCAGAGAAGUACUAUUUUACAUUAUAUAAAAAGAAUUACUGUACCAUCAAAUUGGGAAGUAUGCACUCUCUAAAAAAAAAAUAAAAUUUUAAUUUUUUCAAUUUCUUUAUAUUGUAUCCUCCAUACUUUUAUCUUAAAGAAAACUUUUUUUUUUUUAAAUUUUAACUUGUUUAAUAAUGAAAUAAGUAGUUAUUUUAUGUUUAGAAUUUUAUUCCGCCUAACAGAAAACAUAAAGGAAUUCUGUCUAAUCCAGGUAAAUACCACAUUAUGCCCCUUUAUUAAUUUAUUGAAGUUCAUUUUUAUCAAAGUUUCUGUUUUAUAUUUAGGACGUUGUUGAAUCUUGUCAUUCAAUCUUCUCUGUAAGAUUACUGUAUUUUAAUUUUAACCACUGCUAAUUUAAGGGUAAUUGUUCUACCCAACAAAAGAGAAAUGUUUUGCAAUUGGAAUUGUUGCUAAACAUCAUUAAUUACAGGAUAUAUAUUAAUAGGAUUUUUCCGAAUGCCGAAUAACUCCCUUUUUGUAAUAAAAAUAUUUUUGAAAAUAAAAUAAUAUCUCAAUUGACAAACAAAAGCAAUCAACUCUUUCAUUUUUGUUCAAUAUACCUACUUAGUAAUUUCUAAGACAAAUUUGACAGGGAUACUUUAACAUACUUUUUAGUAAAUCAAAUUUGAAGUUAUAAAAUUAUGUUAUUUCAGAGCAUGUAUAAAUAAAUAAGUUAAUAGGUCAAAUUAUGAAAGUUAUAUUUGGUUAAUGACUUUCUUAAAUAAUGGGCAUCCAUAUCUAUAUAAUAAAAA